UUAUUGUCGUUUCAUUCGUACGAGUGUCGUUUGGUCUCAGCACACGGACGUACAUCGCAGCUGGUGGACCAUAAAGACAAUUUACUGGUGAUUGUGAUCGGCCGUUUCGCGGGUUUCUCUGCAAAGCCACGACGCGAACGAGCACUGAAUGACUGAAUCGCACCUGCCGCGGAGCAUGGUCAACAAAGACUGAUCCAGCACUGCGCUUGUGCGCCGACAAACCGAGCCAGGCUGCACACGAUUCCUCAAAGAAAUUAAUUUAUUUAAAAGCCCUCCGUGCACGUAAGAGGCUCCUGCUGCUGGAGGAGAAGGUUUGCGUGCACGAAAUGUGAAGGUUGGACUUGGAUGCUGCAGGCCGAACCCAACCGAUCCGCGCCUGGCAGGUUUAAUUAUAGCAGGCUUGCUUGCGCGUCUUUGGCUCGGAUAUCCAAUACUAGAUAUUGCAACUGCUCGGAGAAUAUCGGGCCUGAAUUGGUGCUUUAGUAAUAAAAAAGAAAAAAGCAAAAAACCUUUACAAACACAAUCAUACGUCCUGGUGAGACCAGUUUGAUGGUCACCGUCAGCAGUCCCGUGUGGUCAAUGUUCCCAUAAAAAAAAAAUAGCAUUAUGUGGGUCAUUCCCGAAGAUGUGUUACUUGCGGGUGCGUUAUGGAUCACCGAGAGAGCGAACCCAUAUUUUAUCCUCCAGAAACGGAAGGGCCACGGGGAUGGAGGCGGGGGACUGGCGGGUUUGCUUGUUGGGACCUUGGACGUUGUUCUGGACUCAAGCGCUCGGAUGGCCCCAUACAGGAUCCUCUACCAGACUCCUGACUCUUUAGUUUACUGGAUCAUCGCUCAUGGAACCUCCCGUAAAGAGAUCACAGAGCACUGGGAAUGGCUGGAACAUAACCUGCUGCAGACUCUCUCCAUUUUUGAGAAUGAGAAUGACAUUACAACCUUUGUCAAAGGAAAGGUCCAGGGCAUCAUUGCGGAGUACAGCAAGAACCACGAUGUCAAAGAAGACGAUGACACGGACAAGUUCAAGGAGGCUAGCGCUAAGUUUCGCAAACUGUUUGGGAUGCCUGAUGAAGAGAAGCUGGUCAACUAUUAUUCCUGCAGCUACUGGAAGGGAAAGGUGCCUCGACAGGGAUGGCUCUACCUCAGCAUCAACCACCUCUGCUUCUAUUCCUACUUACUGGGAAAAGAAGCCAAACUGGUGGUGCGUUGGGCAGAUAUCACCCAGCUGGAGAAGAGCGCCACCCUUCUUCUGCCUGAUGUGAUCAAGGUGAGCACACGCACCAACGAGCACGUCUUCUCCGUCUUCCUCAACAUCAACGAGACUUUCAAACUGGCGGAGCAGCUGGCCAACAUCGCCAUGCGGCAACUGCUCGACAACAAAGGCUUUGAACAGGACCGCUCGCUGCCCAAGCUCAAGAAGAAGUCACCCAAGAAGGUGUCAGCACUCAAGAGAGAUCUGGAUGCGAGAGCUAAAAGCGAACGCUACCGGGCGCUCUUCCGGCUGCCCAAAGAUGAAAAACUAGACGGACACACAGACUGCACCCUGUGGACUCCCUUUAACAAGAUGCACAUUCUGGGACAGAUGUUUGUUUCCACCAACUACAUCUGCUUCACCAGCAAGGAAGAGUCUCUGUGUAGCCUCAUCAUCCCCCUACGCGAGGUGACCAUCGUGGAGAAGGCAGAUAGCUCCAGUGUGCUGCCCAGCCCACUCUCCAUCAGUACCAAGAAUCGCAUGACUUUCCUGUUUGCCAACCUCAAAGACCGAGACUUCCUAGUGCAGAGGCUGUCCGACUUCCUGCAGCAAACCACCUCCAAGAUUUACCUGGAAAAGGAACUCACUGGCAGCCUAAACAGCUCAGAUGACGAGGUUUACUCCCAGCAUGGAUCCCUGCUCUCCAGCAGUCCUCAGCACAGUUUGAGUUCAGAAGGCGAGCGUAAAUUUAACCUGAAUGACAGCAGCGUGCCCACAGCCACACAAGCCCUCAUGACCAUGUAUCGCCGCAAUUCCCCCGAAGAGUUUAAUCCUAAACUGGCGAAGGAGUUCCUGAAGGAGCAGGCAUGGAAGAACCACUUCACUGAGUAUGGACAGGGAGUGUGUAUGUACCGCACAGAGAAGACGAAGGAGCUCGUUCUCAAGGGGAUUCCUGAGUGCAUGAGAGGAGAGCUCUGGCUGCUUUUCUCUGGGGCGAUCAACGAGAUGACCACUCACCCUGGAUAUUAUGAAGACCUGGUGGAGAAAUCGAUGGGCAAAUACAACCUGGCAACAGAGGAGAUUGAGAGGGACCUGCACCGCUCUUUGCCCGAGCACCCAGCCUUCCAGAACGAGAUGGGCAUCGCUGCCCUGCGCAGGGUCCUCACUGCCUACGCGUUCAGAAAUCCCAACAUCGGAUACUGUCAGGCCAUGAAUAUUGUGACAUCAGUGUUGCUGCUUUAUGCCAAAGAAGAGGAGGCUUUUUGGCUGCUUGUGGCACUCUGUGAGAGGAUGCUGCCUGACUACUACAAUACCAGGGUUGUAGGAGCCCUCGUCGAUCAGGGUGUGUUUGAGGAGCUGGCCCGUGAGUACAUUCCUCAGCUGUAUGACUGCAUGCAGGACCUUGGCGUCAUCUCCACUAUUUCGCUCUCCUGGUUCCUCACCCUUUUCCUGUCCGUCAUGCCAUUCGAGAGCGCGGUGGUGGUGGUGGACUGUUUCUUCUAUGACGGGAUCAAAGUCAUCUUUCAGUUGGCGCUCUCUGUGCUGCACGCCAACAUCCAUCAGUUGCUGGGCUGCAAGGAUGACGGGGAGGCCAUGACCGUACUGGGGAGGUAUCUGGACAGUGUGACCAAUAAGGACAGCACCCUCCCUCCCAUCCCUCACUUGCACUCUUUACUCACAGAUAAUGGAGAACCACAUCCAGAGGUGGACAUCUUCAAACUGGUCCGCAGCUCCUAUGAGAAAUUUGGUUCUAUUCGCGCCGACGUGAUUGAACAGAUGCGUUUCAAACAGAGACUGAGGGUCAUCCAAACUAUUGAGGAUACAACUAAACGCAAUGUGGUCAGAACUAUUGUAACAGAGACUGACUUCAGUAUCGAUGAGUUGGAGGAGCUCUAUGUGCUCUUCAAGGCAGAGCACCUAACCAGCUGUUACUGGGGCGGCAGCAGCAACCCCACGGAGCGCCACGACCCCAGCCUGCCGUACCUGGAGCAGUACCGCAUCGACGUGGAACAGUUCAAGGGUCUCUUCAACCUGCUGUUCCCUUGGGCUAAUGGAGCCCAUUCGGAUCCCCUCGCUGUACGCUUUUUUCGUCUUCUUGACCAAAACGCAGAUGCCCUCAUCAACUUUCGGGAGUUCAUCACCGGCUUGGGUGUUCUGUGUCACAGGGACCUCACUGAGAAGCUAAAGCUGCUCUACAAGAUGCAUGUCCUGCCUGAAAUGACUCAUGAACAAGAAGAACCUGACUCUGCAUUUGAAGCCACUCAGUACUUCUUUGAAGACAUCACUCCAGAAACAUCCAUCGGCCAUGACUCGAAGUGCAGAAAUGAGAAGGAUGACGGCUUUGUCAGAGUGACAUUCAAAACAGAAAAAGUCAAGAAACUGAACACUCCUGAUUACCGCCAUUACCUGAAGCUGUGGAGCCAGGAGACGAAACCUAAACGAGAAAACACAAAAGACCUCCCAAAGCUGAACCAGAGCCAGUUCAUCGAGCUUUGCAAGACCCUCUACAGCAUGUUCAGUGAAGAUGUUGCAGAGCAAGAGCUCUAUCACGCUACAGCAACAGUCACCAGUCUGCUGCUGGAAAUGGGAGAGGUGGGAAAGCUCUUCUCCUCCUCUUCCAGGAAGGACCACAAUCAGGAGGGGACGUCCGAGUUGAGCAUGUGCACGAGAGAUGUGUCAGAUCCUAAAAGCACACACGAGGUUCAGGAUCUGGAGGACAUUUUUGUCCCUCCAGGUCUUGAGAAUAAGCCGAGCCCCUGUGAAGAGGGAAAAGGGGAUGAAGGGAGCGAGCAGCUGCCCCCUAUGCAAGACAUCAAGCUUGAGGACUCGUCUCCUAAAGACACGGGAACUUCCUCUGCUAUGCUCAUUUCGGAUGAUGAAACCAAAGAUGACACUUCAAUGUCAUCUUACUCGGUGCUCAGCGCGGGUUCCCACGAGAUGGACGAGAAGCUGCAGUGUGAGGACAUCGCGGACGACACAGUGCUGGUGCGCAGUGACAGCGGCUCCAAUGGGGAGAGAAGUAACCGGCCUCUUGGUGGGGGGCUGCACGACAGAGGCCUGCCUCACAGCACGAGCAUCGACAAAGACUGGGCCAUCACGUUCGAGCAGUUCCUGGCUUCUGUCCUCACCGAGCAGGCCCUCGUACGUUACUUUGAGAAGCCAGUGGACGUGGCAGCUCGCAUAACCAACGCCAAGAAUGCCAAGAAAGUUGGGCGUCCCCUACUGUCAACAAGUGACUAUGAGAUCUCGCUGUCUGGGUGAGGCGUUAUCACUAAAAGACUGUUCUAAAAGAUUAUAAGUCGUGUUUGUAAGAAGACUGAAGGUAAACGUGUGUGUGUGUGUGUGUGUGUGUGUGUGUGUGUGUGUGUGUGUGUGUGUGUGAGAGAGAGAGCGAGAGAUAGCUGAAUGAAUGAGACCAAAACUUCUCUUAGCAAUGUAUUUUAAAAUAAAUUAAAGACUUUUACAACAAUCACUAGUUUCUGUCCAGUGGAGAAGGAACAGAAAAUGAAUAUUAUGGUUUGCUCAGAUGAAAUCAAUGUGUACGUCGUAGCUGUACUUUAUAAAAUAUUAUGCAUAGGUGUUAAUACUGUAAUCUCUAGUACUCUUAGGCUAUGUAGAUGUAAAUGUUAGUACAGUUCCAAACUGGGAUAUUGAUAGUCUACAGUGCAUACGAUCACCUAACAUUAUAUCAAACUGUUGCUUCCUUACUUUACAGUUCCACUGGCUGCUAAUCAUGACAUUUGUUUAUCAGUGGGUGAAACUAUGGGGGGGGCAUUGAAAAUUCAAUUUUCAUGUUUUCAUGUAAACUCUUCAGUACCUCAUAAAUUUAACUGUCACCGGCAAAUUUCAUAUGCACAUUUGUAUCUUCCUUGAUGUUCACUUUCAAAAAAUAAGGUCCCCUUUAAACUUCCCAGUUCACUUUAUCCAGUUAUAAUAACUAGUAGCAAAAUCUGUAUAAUAAUAGUAGUAAUCAUCCUAAUGAUAUGAGGGGAAGAAAGGAAAAAAAAAAAUAACCCACAUCCAGUUUUUCUUUUUGAUUAAGAAGAAAAUCAGUCCUGCCUCUACAGUUACUACAGACACAAAAGUUGGUUGAUGUUUCAGGAACUUGAAGGUGUGUUUAAAAAAUGAGUACACUAAAAUACCGUUAAGAGCCUGCACUCUUUGUUUACAGCAAAAUCCACUAAGAUUUGCUUGCCUUCAGCCUAGCUGUUGUCUGCACUCCAAACUUUUUUUUUUUUUUUUAACAUUUUGAUCUUUUAUGCGCUGUACAUUUUUACUUUGCUUUUUUUUUUUUUUUUUUUUUUAAAUGAAGUCGUUUUU